UUCUGGGAUUCCCUGAUUUGGGCCACGGACCAGCAGGGCUGGGAGAGGCUGCUGGGGGCUGACACUGGCCCAGUGUCUCUGCUGUGACAAGGACUUGGUUCCAGGAGUUUCCAGGGGGCUGGCCUGGAUCCUGCAAGGCACCAGAGCAGGAGGAAAGGUUAAUUACAGCCUGUGCUAAUUACACCUGUGAAAACACCUCAUGCAACACAGCUCCUGGCUGCCAACUGGGCCAAAGGCUGGCACCUCCCGCAGGCACUGUGGGACCCUGGGGACAGAUGCUGGGCUUUGGGAGGGGAAGGACAGAGGGGCUUCUGCUGCCCAAACUGAGCAAGGGAUGGGGAGCAGCGGUGCCACAUUCCUGCUGCCAUUCCAGCUGGGAGAUGUCUUCCAAUCCUCUGGUGCUCUGCAGGGUGAGGUUUGGGUGCCAGCAGGUGACUGUGCCCAGCCCGGCUGGGGCCAUGGCCAUGGACCAGGACAGCUCCUGCUGUCCCCGCCAGCUGAGACGCCCUUUCCCAGGGCUGGCAGCCCUGUGGCCAGGAGAGAUUCCCGGGGCAGGGACACUUUAGUGAGCAGCAGGUCUGAGCUUAUCGCUCAGGAGUCACUGCAAUGGCUUUCAAUAGCCCAGGAGGUGACAGCGGUGACAGCUCGGGUGACUCAGGGUCCCCGUGUGACUCACGGCCACUCUCCACCCUUGGGUGGGUGUCCUGGUUCCACGAGCCACUCCAUCCUGGGGCCGAGAUGCACGGGGAGCCCUCCCCAGGGCAGGCCCGGCCGCCCACGCAGGAUCCUCCCGCUUCACCUGCCCCGCUCGGCGGCCCCGGCCCCGCUGCCGGCCCGGGCUGCGCUGGGGCUGGACCAUGGAGCUGCUGCUGCUGCUGCUGCUGCUGCACGGGCUGCUGCUCCUGCCCCUGGCAGCGCUGCUGCUCUACAGGCGCAGCCGCCCCUUCCAGUUCCUCUGCAAGGUGGCCUUCUUCAACUGCUGGAUCGUGGCCUUGGCCACCCUGCUGUCCCCCCUGGCCGCCCUCCGGGGACGCUCCGUGGAGAACAUGAGGCUCCUGCGGGCUGCGCUCCUGCCCCUCAAGCGGUUCUACGGCAUCAGGAUGCGGGUGAGGGGCUCGGAGCUGCUGCGGCUGCCGGGGCCAUUCGUGAUCGUCUGCAACCACCAGGCCUCCCUGGACCUCAUGGGAAUGGUGGAGGUGAUUCCCGAGCGCUGCGUGCCCAUCGCCAAGCGGGAGCUGCUGUACCUGGGCACGGUGGGCUGGGCCUGCUGGCUCAGCGGCAUCAUCUUCAUCGACCGCUGCCGCCGGGACGCGGCCAUCGAGGUCAUCGCCCGCACCGCCAGCGCCAUGCGGCAGGAGAACCUCAGUGUGUGGGUUUUCCCAGAGGGCACCAGGAACCCGGGCAAAUCCCUGCUGCCCUUCAAGCGUGGGGCUUUCCACCUGGCCGUGCAGGCCCAGGUUCCCAUUGUCCCCAUCGUGAUCUCUCCAUACUGGGACUUCUUCAGCCCCAAGGAGAAGAGAUUCACCUCUGGGACCUGCACCAUCCGAGUCCUCCCCAGGGUGGAAACGUGGGGCCUGAGCCCAAAGGACGUCCCCAAACUGACCGAGAGUGUCCGCCAGGCCAUGGCUGAGGCCCUGGCCGAGAUGUCCAUGAGUGACCACGGGAAUCAGGACAUGGAGCAGCCUCUGCUGGGGCCAGGGGAGGACAGGGGCAGCCCCCAGGGCCAGGGGGACACAGCCAGGAGCAGGAAAUAGGCAGAGGGAGUGAGUCCCUCGGGGACACUAGGGAGGUGUCCCUUGUCCCCUGAGGAGGUGUCCUGCAGCCCUGCCACCGCCCCAGCAGGACGGUGUCCUAAGGGGAGCAGAGCAGGGCAGGAUGGGGACCAGGCAGCACCCCCAAAACAGAGCAAAGUGGCCCCCAAAACAGAGCAAAGUGCCCCAACAAACAGAGCAAGGUGCCCCCUAAAACCCCUCGUUGUGACUGUGCAUCCCCUGGCUGUCCCUCUGCCGGCCCUGGAGCUGUGGCUGUCCCCCAGGAGCUGUGGCUGUCCCCCAGGAGCUGUGGCUGUCCCCCUGGAGCUGUGGCUGUCCCCCAGGAGCUGUGGCUGUCCCCCAGGAUGGCUCCCGCCUGCUCGCUGGGCAGGGCAGGGAUGCUCCAGGCAGGGCUGGGGGUUCACAGCCCCGUUUUCCCCUCCUGAUUGUUGGGUUCCCCAUGGAUUCUCCUUCCAGAGGCUCCCAUAAGCUGGAAAUGCCCUUUGGCUGCAGCCAGCUCAGGGGAGGGGCCCAGACUGUGUGGCCUGGGGGGGACACAAGAUCCAGGGGAGUUUUCCAGGUGGGGAGAGCAUCCCACGGGGGGAGGAGAGCAUCCUUGGUGCUGAGCUGUGAGCCAAGGGUGGGACAUUAAAGAGUCUGGAGCUGG